CGUCUAUUUCUGCAAAUCAUCACCGGUGACCAUCACCAAAGAGGUGAUACCUCUUGAUGAAUUUUCAUGGGAUCGUAGUUCACUAAGAUCUGAAAUUCAUAUUCACCGUUUGUGAGGAAGCGCAGCCAUUCCGUAUUGGUGCUUCGAUUCACUACUGUGUUUAGCAACUGUGUAGUAACUUUAUAGUAAUACUACGGAAAAACGCGUUUGUGUAGCCACAAAAUCAUCUUUCAGAUAGUCUCAGAUAUUGCUUUCGAAUCAGCCUGUUUUCCCUUUCAAAGUGCUCGCAUACGCGACCAAUCUGAGACUGAGAUCGGCUUAAAAUAUACCGACGUGUCGUCCGAAGGUAACGCAAAGUGAUACCAUGACGACUACCUAUACGUUCGACGAAGUUGCCCGUCACAAUAACGCUACGGAUUUGUGGAUCGUGAUACACAAUGUGGUCUACAAUGUCACGACGUUCCUCAAGGAACAUCCUGGAGGCGAGUCCAUGCUGCUGUCAGUAGCGGGGCAAGAUGCAACAGAGCGUUUCGAGGGUAACGGCCACAGCCAUGACGCAGUUAUCCUACGCGAGAAUUACAAAAUUGGACAACUAGCAGAGGGUGAAGUAGCAAAAACAAACUUCGGUGAAUCAAAGACAACAAAUAAAGAAAUAAAAGAACCAAUGGAAGAAGAGCAAAAACUCGACUAUCAAAAAGGAGAAGUGCAAGCUAGAAAUAUGACAAUGUUCCUAUGUGUCGUUGUCGCAUUUUAUGCCAUAAUUUUCUAUUGGUUUAAUAUAGUAUAAGACGAUUCAUGUACGCAAUAUAUUAAUUUUAACAUAAUGUUAAAAAUUUAUGAAAUAACAUGUUAUAGAGUCAUUAAAAGCUAAGUUUAUUUUUCUUCUUGUUCACA